AUGAAGGACCGGAAAGCAGGAAGCGUCUCCCGCAUGAAGGGGAGAUUCAUCAGGGUGACUCCGGCGUUGCCGGGCUUCGGAUCACCCGCGAACAGGUCCGUCGAGAAGGCCAGGCUCGGGGUGAUGCCGCUGGAGCGGCUGCUGAUGUCGCCGAACACCACGGGGCGGACGAAGAAGGUGUCGGAGUCCAGCAGCAGGCAGUACUCCGCCGACACGUGCAGGGGGGCGUCGAUGCGGCCUGCGCUGCCAGGUCCCGAAGUAGUCCCCGGAGUCCAGGAAGCGGUCGCCUCUGGAACGAGGUGCCCACGAGGCCCUCCCGCCGCAGCCUCUCGGCCUCGCCGCGCCACGCCGGAUGCCGGAACAGCAAAAGAACGCCCUCGGAGGCCCGCGCGGAAUUGCGGCCUCCAGGGUCAGGUCGCGCAUGUCCUCCUACAG